AUGGUCACAUGUAUGCUUGUUAUCAACCCGCAAUUUGGACUUUGCGAGGUUACUAGCUCAAUUAAUAAGAUUAAGGGGGCACAGAUUCCAGAUUAUGCAAUUAAGACACUUCGUCUUGAUAAUGCUGCAUGGGGCCAUGCUAUUUUGCAUGGAGCAGCUCUUGUGCGGAUCAGACCUACAAGUUAUCAUAAAGUCUCCCCAAUACAAUUGGCUUUUGGUCAAGAGCCAAAUAUUUCCCAUCUAUUUGGAUGUGUAGUAUAUGUUCCAAUUGCUCCACCACAACGCACAAAGAUGGGACCCCAAAGAAGAUUGGAGAUAUAUGUUGGGUAUGAAUCUCCUUCUAUUAUAAAAUAUUUGGAACCUAUGACUGGAGAUUUAUUUACGGCAAGAUUUGCUGAUUUUCAUUUUGAUGAAUCAGUAUACCCAAUAUUAGGGGGAGAAAAUAAGCAAUUGCAAAAGAAGAUAGAUUGGAAUGCAUUAUCACUAUCUCAUUUAGAUCCUCGAACAAAUCAAUGUGAACACGAGGUUCAAAAGAUAAUUUAUUUGCAAAAUAUUGCAAACCAACUUCCAGAUGCAUUCACUAACCUACCAAGGGUGACUAAGUCACAUAUUCCAGCUGCUAAUGCUUCUAUUCGAAUUGAUGUCCCGGUUGGACAAUCUAUAAAUGCAAAUGAGUCUAAUCCACGCUUGAAACUUGGUAGACCAAUUGGUUCCAAAGAUAAAAAUCCUCGAAUGCGAAAAGGAGCAAAUGAUCUAGGAGAUCAUAAUGUGGAGGCAAUUUCUCAAAAAGAGACCCGUGUCAUAACAAAUGAUAAGACCUCAGAGGAGGUCCAGCCAGUGGGAUAUAAAUGGGUUUUUGUGCGAAAACGAAAUAAUAAAAAUGAAGUCGUUAGAUAUAAAGCACGACCUAUGGCACAAGGAUUUUUGCAAAGACCUGUCAUUGAUUAUAUGGAGACAUAUUCUCCUAUGGUGGAUGCAAUCACUUUUAGGUUUCUUAUAAAUUUGGCAGUCCAUGAAAAACUUGAUAUGCGUCUGAUGGAUGUUGUCACAGCCUUGUACGGUACAUUAGACAAUGAAAUUUAUAUGAAAAUUCCUGAAGGGCUUAAAGUUCCUGAAACUAAUAAAAAAUUUCGCGAAACUUAUUCAAUAAAGCUUCAAAAAUUCUUAUACGGAUUGAAACAAUCAGGCCGAAUAUGA